AUGACCUCCAUCAACGUCCUCGGUCUGCCUCCAUCCGUCAAGGACACUUUACUAAAGGCCUCGUUGGACACAGUCGAAGAUUUGCUCUUGUACACACCAGGUCUAUCCAACGAUGUCCCUUCUGCUCGGUAUAAACGUCAGCAAGUCGCCAAGGGAGCCUCCAGUGGAGGUUACGACCGCCUCAUGAACCUUACACCGAGCGAGAUUGCUUUUGCCUACGAUCAAGCAGCGGCCCACAUCUUUGAGAACAAGAUUGCAUAUGGGAGUGCUCAUGACUUGCUUCAGGACGAGAGUUGGUUGUCUCUUGGCGACCCUGUGCUCGACGCUGCUGUUGGAGGCAAGGGUAUAAUGACACGCGCAAUCACGGAGAUCGCCGGCGAGAGUGCUGUCGGCAAGACUCAGUUGUGCCUACAGCUAUGCCUGACCGUACAGCUUCCGGAAAGCAUGGGAGGCCUUGAUGGCUCGGUGGUGUGGCUGUCUACUGAAGGAAAGUUUCCCUACAAUCGAUUGGAGUCAAUGAUCAGCCAGUUUGUGGAGAAACACCGGGAUGAUGUUCCAGACAUGGAUGCGGAUAUCAUUCGCGAGAACAUCUACUACGAGUCCAUGGCGGAUCAGGAGACUCAGUUGCACAUUUUCAACUACCAGCUGCCCAUCCUUGUCCAUGACACGUAUUUGAACCAAGAAGACGACAACGGCAAGGAGAAAAGCCAGGAAGAGGAGCUGCCUUCAGCAUCACGAAAGAAGCCCCUCAAGUUGAUCAUCAUCGACUCUAUCACCAACAACUUUCGGAGCGAACUGACCGUCGGGAGCUCUGCCCCGGAUCAGACCGGGAACCAAGGAUCGAAGGCAGGAUUUCGGUCAAGUAUUCUCCAGAGGAGCGCCGAUAUCUGUGAGAUUGGUCUCCGAUUACGGACCUUGGCGGAUCAAUAUGGAUUGGCGGUCAUAUGUGUAAACCAAGUGACGGACGUGAUCGCAGCCGAUUCAACAUUUCAUCCACCACCACUACCGUUUCGCCCACCACUGCAGACACGCGAUUUACCACCAGCUUUCCACGACACUGGUAAGAUGAAGAAACCAGCGUUAGGCUUGGUGUGGGAGAACACCAUCAAUGCUCGCCUGGUUCUUCAGCGAACUAGACUACCGGACCCUUAUGAGACGGAUGGAUACGCCCAGUCAGUAUCACGGGAACCACCUCGAGCAAGGGCCGGUCCGAACGAUCGCUUCUACUCGACUGGAGCGAUGAACGGCAUGAACAACAACCAGCUCGCCAUGCAGCUCCAGCAGCAGCAACUCCAUCAGCAGCAACAGCAACAGCAACAGCAACAACAGCAACAACAACAGCAACAACAACAGCAGCAGCAGCAGCAGCAGCAACAAGCCCAGGCUCAAGUUCAAGCCCAAGCUCAAGCUCAGGCCCAGGCCCAGGCACAAGUCCAGGCUCAACAGCAACAGCACCAGCAAGCCCAGCAACAGCAAGCCCAACAGCAAGCCCAACAGCAAGCCCAACAGCAGCAACAGCAGCAGCAGCAGCAGCAGCAGCAGCAGCAGCAGCAGCAGCAGCAGCAGCAGCAGUAUCGCCUGUCAAGCAUCGAGGAUGAAAAAAUCUAUCACCUCAUCCUCGAACUCACCCAUCCCGUCAACCGCGAGCAGGCCCUCUUGGAGUUGAGCAAGAAACGCGAACAGUUUGAAGAGCUGGCAUUGGUUCUCUGGCACUCUUAUGGUGUUAUGUCUGCCCUUCUCCAGGAAAUCGUGUCCGUCUACCCUUUGUUGGCGCCUUCUGGAUUGACUGCCCAUGCCUCCAACCGUGUCUGCAACGCUUUGGCGCUCUUGCAAUGCGUUGCCAGUCAUCCCGAGACCAGAGGAAUGUUCCUCAAUGCCCACAUUCCCUUGUUCUUGUACCCUUUCCUCAACACGACAAGUAAGACUAGACCGUUCGAAUACCUUCGCCUGACUAGCUUGGGUGUCAUUGGAGCUCUUGUCAAGAAUGAUAAUACUGAGGUCAUUACGUUCCUCCUCUCGACUGAAAUCAUCCCCCUGUGCCUUCGCAUCAUGGAGACUGGAAGUGAGCUCUCAAAAACAGUUGCCAUCUUCAUUGUCCAGAGAAUUCUUCUGGAUGAUAUGGGACUCGCGUACAUCUGUCAGACAUACGAGCGAUUCUAUGCAGUCGGAACCGUCUUGAGCAACAUGGUGCACCAGUUGGUCGAUACCCUUGCCGUCCGUUUGUUGAAGCACGUUGUCAAGUGCUACCUCCGUCUCUCGGACAACCCCAGGGCUCGCGAAGCCUUGCGCCAGUGCCUUCCUGAACCAUUGAGGGACGCGACUUUUGCCCAGGCAUUGAAGGACGAUAUCAACACCAAGCGAUGCCUGUCCCAGCUUAUCUUCAACCUGUCCGACAACGGUCCCGCCAACUGA